GUUUUAUUAGUAAUAAUCCCUUAUUAUUCGAAUUUUAAAAUACAAAAAUAUUUAAAACCAGUGAAUUUCUUCCCCUGUUUUUUAUUUUAUUUUAUUAUUUCAUUUCAUUUCAUUUUUUUAUUUUAUUUUUUACAAGAUUCACUAAUUGGAAAAAAAAAAGAAUGAUGAGAUUGCAACAAGAAGAAUGUUCAUUAAUAGAAGAAACUGAUACGGGAGGUUUAUAUGAGUGUAAUAUUUGUUUUGAUACAGCCACAUAUCCUGUUUUAACUUUUUGUGGACAUUUAUAUUGCUGGCCUUGUUUAGCUUUUUGGAUUAAAACAUUAAAAGUUCAAGAGCAAAAAGUGACUUGUCCGGUCUGUAAAAGGGAAUGUGAUGAUACGAAAGAAAUUAUACCUAUCUAUGGUCGAGGAGAAGAAGAAUCAGAACAAGAAAAAAAUAUAAAUAUGAUUUCGUUACCGAAUCGCCCCAAAGGACAAAGACCGAAAGUUAUAACCUACGCCACAUAUAAUAGAAGCCAUUAUAAUCAUAAUGAAGAAUUUGGAGAAAUUUUUACAGAAUUUAGAAUUGGUUCAAGAAAUAUUAUCAUUGUUUUAUCAUCAAGUGAACAUCGUAUUUUACCUACAUUUAGAUUAAUUCAUUCACAGUAUUAUCAAGAAACCUCUUCUUCCUCGAUAUGCAUUGAAACAGGAAAAAUGGGGUUUAUAUUUCGUCUCACAUUAUUGAUAAUUUCUCUUUAUGUAAUUGUGAUGCUUUUUUACUAAUUAUACACUCCGCAUUAUUUAUUACUGUUAUUUAUUAUUUGCUGUAAAU